AAAAAAAAGUUUACUUUAAUAAACUUUUUGUGUGUGUUGUUUGCGUAAAUAUUUUGCGGCGUAGGUAAUUGUUUUUCCUAAAUUAAAUUAAAACAGCUUAUUUUAACAAUAAUCCAUGUCUGGAAUGAUAACUCGAUCAAGAGAUUUUUGCACGCGAGUCCUAAAUGUUGUGAAUGAUGUUGCUAGGCAACAGUACACUGUGUCGAUGCCAGGCGCUAUAGCUACAUUGGGAUAUGAGAAAAAUGGCAAGAAUAUAACAUUUGUGCAUACAGAUGUCCCACAGCAGUUCCAAGGAAAAGGAGUUGGGAAAUUAUUGGCACAAUAUGCCUUUGAUCAUGCUAAGGAGGAAAACUUGCAUGUGACAUGUAAAUGCCAUUUCUUGGCUGCUUACUACCAAAACAACAUAGAUAAGUACAAGGGAUUGAAAGUAAAAUUGGAUUUAGAAUAAUUAGAAAAUAAUGGAUACCGCUUGGCAUAGGUGUAACAUACAUUAUUAUCUGCGUGAAAAAUAUUAUGGAAAAGUUAAAAAAGUAUCUAAACAUGUAGCAUCACAGCUGACUAAUAAUUCAGAUUUCUUGUUCUACCAUGGUAUUGCCCAAAUUUUACAAGGUCAAGUCCAACAGGGGAUAAAUGAACUGACCCCUCUUCAAUCAGAUCCUGACUUACUCCUGGCGGUCCUCAUAGCUUUGAUUUAUGGCCACAAGACACUGGCCACCCUGGAGCGAGACACUCUCCACAGCCUGGAAAUAAAACUGAAGGAAGAAAGAAAACAAGGCACUGCCAGGUCAUAUUACUUUGCUGGCUUGUUUCUAUCUCUGUCUGGAAAGUAUGAGAAGGCUUCUGAGUACAUAAACAAAUCCUUGAAGAGAGACUCAAAUAAUGUUGAUACAAUCAUUUUAAAAGGCUAUAAUGACAUGUACCUGUGCAGUGGAGAGAUGCAGGUGUCGGUGCUGGACUGCCUUGAGCUCGCUCUCAACAAGAGCAACAAACACCCUGAGGGCCUCCUCGGACUGGCCAAGUACAAAUACUUUGCUAAAGACCACACUGCUUCUAACCUAACCCUUGAUAGACUCAUAGUCAGUGACCCGGGACAAGUUGUACCAUUAGUUGAAAAACUGAAGAAUGAAUUUGCAAUGCAGAAGUGGGAUGCAGUGUAUGACACUCUUGAAAGAGUGUUCCUGCAGGAACCUGAUAAUAUUGAGGCCUUGAAAAUAAGAAUUUAUCUAGCCCUUUGCAAGAACUCUGACUACAUUGAAGCAGCAGAUCAGUUAAACAGAUUCUUCACAGUUAUGGAAAAUGAGGAGACAUACAAUGGCUACCAAUUCUACACAACUGCACAGAUUUACUCUAAAACAUGUUGUAAAUCAAGCUCCGUACUCUCCCAGGCUUACAGAUUUGCCCAGUAUGCUUCAGAAAUGUACCCGCAGAAUGUGGACUACCUGAGUGAGGUCGGCUACCAGUGCAUCCUGCAAGGCAAAACUAAGGAUGCAUUAGGUUUCUUCAAAGCAGCCAGUAAGUUAGACAGCAACUCUAUUAUAGCCCUGUGUGGGCUCACAUUGUGCCAGAUGUCAGAGAGUGGAGCCACGGAGCAGGCGGCUCAGCAGAUUGAGCUGCUGUUUGAGAUGCAGGGCUCUGACAAGCUGCCACUGCUGUACUUGCUUUCUGCUAAACUCAAUGAAAAGAGCUCAGCUAAAGCUGUUACAUUUCUCAAUACUGCAUCUGAAACAAAAAUCGCAAAUGCAAAAAAAUCUCCCUUCAGUCUUUUGUAUAUAAAAAACCUGGACCCUGACUUCAUGUUGGAUGUCUACAAGGAGUACAAGAAACAUUUGCCGAAGAAACCAUCUGUUAUAGUGGGCUACCUCAUCUACACUCAGGAAACAAACCAUGCUUCUGUAAAUAAUUGUUUGAAGAUUCUGGAUACAGUGUGUGAGGCGUGUCCAGGGCUUAUAGCGGGUUUGUACGAGCUAGCAAAGCUGAAGUUUCUGUUUGGAUUGUCAAGUGAGGCUCACAAGUUGGCCCAACACAUUGGGGAGUUGGACAACACGCAUGCUGGCAGCCAGAUCCUGUUGGCUCAGAUCCACAUCCAGCAACAAGCAUUCACAAAGGCCGCCCAGUGCCUGGAGAUGUGUUUGAGCUACAACUUUAAAGUCAGAGAUAGCGCCAUCUAUCACUUCCUCAAUGGAGUAAUUCUGAAGAGCGCCAACCAACACAAGGAAGCCCUGGCAAGUUUCACCACAGCCCUCAGUAUUGUCAACAAUAAGAAUGCUAAUGUGAGCAGAGUCUUUGAUUCCGAUCUCAACAUCAUUGACAAAGCAACUCUGUAUGUGCAAAUCAUUGAGAUACAAAGUGGACUUAGCCAAUUCUCCGAAGCUGGUAUUACUAUGCAAGAUGCUAUUAAGGACUUAUCAUUCACGUCCGAAGAAGGGCGCUUAGCGUUAGCGAAGGCUGAAUUGGCUCUAAAGAAAGACGAUGUCGAUAAAGCUAUAGACAUACUGAAUGAGAUAAAGCCCGGUCAGCCCUACUACUUCCAAGCGCACACGAAAAUGGCCCAUAUUUACUUGAAGGAGAAGAAAGAUAAGGCGAUGUUCACGACUUGCUUCAAAGAUGUCGUCAGUAACCACCCCAUGGCAGACGCGCAUACCAUGAUGGGAGAUGCCUACAUGUCUAUUCAUGAGCCAGAACAAGCGGCGGAGUGCUACGCUGCCGCGGCGGCCGCCAGCCCGCGCGACGUGUCACUCGUCAAGAAGCUAGGGGCGGCCCUGGUCAAGAUGCACGAAUACGACAGAGCUAUACAACACUACGAACAGGCCGUGGAGGCAGUGGGUGAUGAGGAGCUCAUGUUUGAGUUUUUGGGUGUUUUGAUCAAGCUAAAACAAUACGACAAAGCGGACGCAACAAUAUCAGAGGAACUAAACCAGCCUCAAAACAAAGAGAAAGACAUGAACACCCUCAAGCGUCGCGUCAAAUUCCUCGACAUUCAGGCCAAAGUACGCGAAUUGAAGAACCCUACCGCUGGCAACACUACACUAAUACUUACUGAAGCUAAGGAUAUUCAAACAGCAAUUGUGAAAAGAAUAGAGAUAGAUGCAAGGGGAGACCUGCAAGAAGAAAAGAGACUGCUAGCUUCGUUGUUGUGUUCUUUGGCCAAAGCCAAGUCUGCAAAGGAACCUGCUGUCGCCGCUAAUCUUUAUUCUGAGGCGCUGGUCCAGUGCCCGAGAGAUCCGGAUACUUUACUGGCCUUGGCUAAGUUGUAUGCGCAGAUGAACAACCAGGAGAAGUGUUCUGCGACGUGCGCGGCGCUGCUGAGCGCGCAGCCCGAGCACGAGGCGGCCGCCGUCAUGAUGGCCGACCUCGCCUUCCGGAAGGUGGACCUAGAAACAGCGCACCGGCACCUGCAACAGAUCCUCUCCGUACGUCCGUGCAGCUACUCGGCGCUGGCACAGCACGUGACGGUGCAGUGGCGGCGCGGCGCGCGGGCCGAGGCCGAGGCUGCCCUGGACGCCGCUAGAGCCGCCGCUGGGGACAAGCUUGAUGCCGGCUACUACUACUGCCUGGGCCUUCUCUCCAGCUACAGUGGCAAGCCCAACGCAGCGCUUCGCCAGCUCAACCAGUGCCGGCGCGACGUAGUGUGGGGGGCGGCGGCGGCGCGCGCCAUGGUGUUGUUGUGUCUCAGUCAGGACCCGCCCGAGGCGAGAGCUGAGGGUUAUGGGGCUGAUGACGGUGACACGCGCGCGCUAGCCCUCCGCACGGCCGAAAAGCUCCUAUCAGAAGUCCCCGUUAGCUCCCGUCGUUCACUCCACGCGCUGCUAUUGGCUGCUUCACGACAGAAGCCACAAGCCGAACGCGUGCUGCAUGAGUUCCUGCCGCUGCUGGGGGAGGAUGCGCAUCAGGACGACCCGUAUCUGCUGCUGGCUGUUGCUAAUGCGUAUAACGUUCUCAAACAGCCAACACGAGCGAAGAAUAUUCUGAAACGAACGAUCUCUUCAAUACCCUGGACACCGGAAAAUGCUGACGGCUUGGAAAGAUGCUGGCUAGAAGUGGCGGACAGCCAGGUGAGCGCGGGGCGCGCGGAGGCGGCGCGCGAGCUUCUCACCAAGAUACUGAACCACAACCGCUCCUGCGCACCCGCCUACCAGCUGUUAGGUUUCCUAGCGGAGAAGGAGCAAAACUACAAGUCAGCCGCUCAAAACUUCGACAACGCGUGGCGUUACACCGGCAAGACGAACCUAGCCGUCGGGUACAAACUAGCACAUGCCUACCUGAAGCUGAAGAAAUACCCCGAGUGCAUCGUAGUCUCCACACACAUCCUGAAAACACACCCAGACUAUCCGAAAAUCAGAAAAGAAAUCCUGGAAAAGGCCAAGACUAAUCUUAGAACAUAGGUUAAAGUGCAAUUUGAAAUUAGUUUAGUUUUGUACAUGUAUCUUAAUAAAUAUGCCAGAG